UUAAAAAUCCUUUUAUUUAAUCUACAUUUCUGAUCGGUCGAUAAUGCAAACUAGACGCACUAACAAAAGUACAAAAGAGCAAAAUUUCAACAGUAAAUUGUCUAAAGAAGUUUGAUCCUUCAAGAUAGGGUCAAGCGCCUUCUCGAAGGUUGUACCAAGAAUGACCCAAAACAAGUUAUUUAAGGAACUACCAUCUUUAUUAAAUUUAAGUAAUAAUUUAUCACAAAAUAUAAAUAAUGACACCAAAGACUUCGAAACUGAAAGAGAAGACAUUUUUAACAAGAUAUAUUCGGAAGUUCACUGCUCUUUUACACUUGCGAAGGCUAGUCUGAAGGGAAAGUUAGGAUUCAACCAUCCAAUCAAUAUUAAACAGAAGAGAAGCAAUCGAGGAGUUAGGAACAUCAAAAGACACCAAGAUUCGCUUCUUCUAGAGGAAAUAUCUUCCAGAAUUAAGGAAGAAAGUACUAAAGACUUUUCUGCUAAAACUCAGGCUAAGAUUUUUGGAGCCAAAGAAGGAAAUCUCGGCGAAAAUACUUUACCUAUCAAUAAUAAAAUAAAAGAUUGCUCUAACAAUACGAAUGAGGUGAAAACUCCAAGGUGUGAAAUUACCAACUCUGAUAGGUUCACUGAGAAGGAAGGUUCAAAAACUGAUGAAAUAGCCUCUCCUGAAGCUGCAGUAGCAUGAAUCUUUGAAACGAUCAAAUCUGACAGGACAUCUUUUGUUGAUAAUCAUUUAAAUAAAGUAAAAAUUAAAAGUUUUUAUCAAAAAGAGUUAGCCUCAAAUACGAAUUCUUCAAGUGAGAGUCAAAUUGCUGAUAAAUCUUCAUGCCAAGCUCUUAAGAGGACUCCAGGCUCAAAGACGAUGUACAAUGACUUAGUUGAUGAACUUAUCAGCUUGUAGCCAUAAUUCCUACUAAUAUCA